GCGGGAGUCAGCACAUCCUACGCACUUUGCGUUUAACCUAUCCGAGGAGAACGGUAUAUUCACCGAACUGCGGUGAAUUGCGCUGCGAAGGAAUUCAGCAUUUGGGUCCUUUUUCCUUUUGAGACGCUGCAGACGUUUUUGUCACCCUUUCAGUCAUGUGGUUCAUCAAUCUCAUACUGCUUAUUCUAAAACUAUUGGUUUCGGCAGAGGGAUUUUCUACUUGUCAGUCUUAUGACUUGGACGACCACAAAUCAAAGAGGAUAGAGGCGGUGCGAGGGCAAAUCCUCAGCAAGCUGCGCCUUCGCGCACCACCCGAUCCUGCCUCCAGUCCUCCACCAGAGUCGCUACCCGUUGAGGUAAUGUUACUGUACAACAGCACUAAGGAGCUUCUGAAGGAACGUGUGCGCCAGGCCGAGUCUUCUUGCGACCGGGAGAGUAGCGAGGAGGAUUAUUACGCAAAGGAGGUCCAGCGUGUGGAUGUGCUUCCUCAGCGCGCGGACACUAACGCGAUAAACACAGUGCCCCAGAAUCCAUACUUCAGAGUGGUGAGGUUCGACCUAACCAAUGUAGAAAGAAAUUCAAGCACACUUGUCAAGGCGGAAUUUCGCAUCUUCAGAGUGCAAAACGCACGGGCGCGCGUCACAGAACAACGAGUGGAAAUAUACCAGAUUUUGAAAUCUGAUGAUGUUACGGCUCCUUCUCAGAGGUACAUCGAUUCAAGAACAGUACAGCCCCAAGCCAAAGGGGCAUGGCUGUCUGUUGAUGUUACAGAGACAUUGAAGGAGUGGAUGGCUUUUCAAGAGAAGAAUCUGGGACUGAAGCUCAGCGUUCAUUGUCCAUGCUGCACAUUCGUUCCAUCUACAAAUAAUAUCCUGUUCAACAAAAGUGAGGAGCUGGAAGCUCGAUUUGCAGGUGUUGAUGAUGACCUGGUUCGCCAGAACAGGCGGCCAGGUCUGACAAAAGGCCAGGUGGAGUUUAGUACUAAAACGCCGCACCUCAUACUAACGCUGCUACCCACUGACCGUUUGGAGAACCCUAACAAAAAGCACCGCAAGAGGAGAGCAGCCAGUGACACUACAACAUGCUCAAGGAAUGCAGACCAAAGCUGCUGUUUGAGGUCUCUAUAUAUUGACUUCCGUCGGGAUCUAAAUUGGAAAUGGAUCCAUGAGCCGAAAGGAUACCGAGCAAAUUUCUGCGCAGGGAACUGUCCCUACUUGUGGAGCGCAGAUAAUCACUACAAUAUGAUUCUGCCACUCUAUAACAAAAUGAAUCCUGAGGCCUCAGCAUCACCCUGCUGUGUGCCCCAGGACCUGGAGCCCCUCACUAUUGUUUAUUUCCUGGGUCGGACACCCCGAGUGGAGCAGCUUUCCAACAUGGUCGUCAAAUCUUGUAAAUGCCGCUGACUGCUGUAGGUAUGCGAGCAGGGGGACACUAACGAGAUGGAGCUUUCAGGUGGCCCCUAGGAGAUGGGAGGAGUGAUGCAAUUGACAGUAUGGACAAUAUCUGAUAGCAGGGAGAGCUAGUAAAUCUAUUUGAGACCUUGUUGUGCAGGCGUUUCUCAGGUUUCACUUGCUUUGAGUUGAUGCAGAGUUGCAGAGCAUUACUUGAGAACUGCUAAGAAGCUACCUUUCUCAAAAUUAAUCUUUCAAGUAGGCCUACAUGAUGGUAUUCAGUCUUAUUCAGUCUUUUGUCAUAUUUUUUAGUCUAAUACUUUUACAACAGUAAAAAUAAAGUAUUCAGGAAGUGGUGGUCUAAAAAAAGAAAGAGGGUAAAAAAACAGACUUUUUAUGUCACCUGAGUAUGCAAGAGAAGUUUGUAGAAUGGCUUAUAUUUUGUUUGAUUAUAGCAAAUGUAAAUAUUUUCCCAGCCAGAUAAGGGUUGUAUAUGUUUGUGUACCAAAUACAAUAACGUUUUAUUA